UCAGUGUUUCUGUAUCUGAAGCCGUUGGCUGGUUCUGAACCGUUUGGCUCUUUCUCCACAAGCAAGCAACCUUACAAUGUACCCCAAUUGCUUUUCAAUCUAAUUUUUUUAAGGAUUUAUCAAAUGCUACACUUAUGUAAUCAAAACACAUCGCUCAUUUGGGAUUUUAACUACCAAGCCGCAAUCUCGGAGUAGAUUUAUAACGAUUUAUUGUGACUAUAUUUUAGAAAAUAGCGGUGGAGGAAGAGAUUCCAUAUAAGGAGCACAGCAGAAAAGGCACCCGUUGUGUGAUCUGGACAGUUUAAACUGAAGAGGGAUUACUGUCAGAUAUCUGAAUGACACUCGGGCACAUGGUGCUGAGACUGGUGGACUGUACCAUUUCAAAACAUAUUUGUUGUGAAAACAGACUUACUACUGUGGCCUAUGUCCUGUUUGCUGACCUCAUGGUGUAACCAGGUGUAAAGAUGAGCAUAAGCAGUGAUGAGGUCAACUUUCUUGUGUACAGAUACCUACAGGAGUCAGGAUUUUCCCACUCAGCCUUCACGUUUGGCAUAGAGAGCCACAUCAGCCAGUCCAACAUCAAUGGAGCCCUGGUGCCCCCUGCUGCCCUCAUCUCCAUCAUACAGAAGGGCCUGCAGUACGUGGAGGCCGAAGUCAGCAUUAAUGAGGACGGCACGCUGUUCGACGGACGGCCGAUCGAGUCCCUGUCGCUCAUCGACGCGGUAAUGCCGGAUGUGGUGCAGACACGGCAGCAGGCCUACCGAGACAAGCUGGCCCAGCAGCAGGCGGCCCAAGCCCCCCCGGGCACCACCACCAACUUGACGGCCAAUGCCAAGAACGGAGAGAACACGGCCAACGGCGAGGAGAACGGAGCUCACACCUUAGCUAAUCUUGCACAUGCUGAUGAGGUGCUCUCUGUGUGCCAUACAGACAACCAUGUCGACAUGAUGGAGGUGGAUGGGGAUGUGGAGAUUCCCCAGAACAAAGCCAUGGUGCUCCGAGGUCACGAGUCAGAGGUGUUCAUCUGCGCCUGGAACCCUGUCUCCGACCUGCUUGCCUCCGGGUCUGGGGACUCGACGGCACGGAUCUGGAACCUGAGUGAGAACAGCACCAGCAGCUCCACACAGCUUGUACUGAGGCACUGCAUACGCGAGGGAGGUCAGGACGUCCCCAGCAACAAAGACGUCACAUCAUUAGACUGGAACAGUGAGGGUACGUUACUAGCAACCGGCUCAUAUGAUGGAUUUGCCAGGAUAUGGACAAAGGAUGGUAAUCUUGCAAGUACCCUGGGUCAACACAAAGGUCCCAUUUUUGCAUUAAAAUGGAACAAGAAAGGAAACUUUAUUCUUAGUGCCGGAGUAGAUAAGACUACAAUCAUAUGGGAUGCUCACACAGGAGAAGCAAAGCAGCAGUUCCCGUUCCAUUCAGCACCUGCUCUGGAUGUGGACUGGCAGAGCAACAACACGUUUGCCUCCUGCAGUACAGACAUGUGCAUCCACGUGUGUAAGCUUGGCCAAGACAGGCCUAUCAAGACAUUCCAAGGACACACAAAUGAAGUGAAUGCAAUCAAAUGGGAUCCAACCGGUAACCUGCUAGCCUCUUGCUCAGAUGACAUGACGCUGAAGAUCUGGAGUAUGAAACAGGACACGUGCGUUCAUGAUCUGCAAGCUCACAGCAAAGAGAUCUACACUAUCAAAUGGAGCCCCACCGGUCCUGGAACCAACAACCCCAAUGCCAAUCUGAUGCUUGCCAGCGCGUCGUUUGAUUCGACGGUGCGGCUGUGGGAUGUGGACCGAGGCAUCUGCAUCCACACGUUAACCAAACACCAGGAGCCUGUCUACAGUGUGGCCUUCAGCCCAGACGGCAGGCAUCUGGCCAGCGGCUCCUUCGACAAGUGUGUUCACAUCUGGAACACGCAGACUGGCGCUUUAGUCCAUAGUUACAGGGGGACAGGGGGGAUCUUUGAAGUUUGCUGGAAUGCAGCAGGUGACAAAGUUGGAGCAAGUGCAUCAGAUGGAUCUGUUUGUGUAUUAGAUCUGCGGAAAUAACACUGCUUGUUGGAAGCCAUGGACCGACAAUGAAUGUGUACAUAGCCAAAAUGACUGUCCCUGCCCCAUGCACUGCUAGUCCCGCUUAAACCAUGGCUGGCCACUACAGACCAGAAACAAGCACCCCGACACAGCAGAUUCAGGAGCAAGGACACGCUCUGUGCAGCAAGUCGUUAGAACCAGAGACAUUAAAGGGACACAGACAAAAAAAUGUAAAUUAAGAAAAGAAAAAAGCAGAUCUGUAUAUGUACCAACAUUUGGAAGCUAUUUUGCUUUUUGAUCUUUAAACCAUGCUCAUCAAGACAAAAAAAUAUGUUUUAACUUUAUUGGUAGUUCAGUCUCUGUGUGCUGACAUAUCGGCUUUCCAAUCCUGCGGCCGGCAGUUAGGUUUUUAACAAAAUCAUUUAUAUUAUUUCAAUGUUUAAGUUUAUAUUUUUUGGGGUCACAAGUGGAGGAGUCAUCUUUUUAUACACACUCACAAAACUGUUAUUUGAAAAAAAUCAUAUUUGGUAGUGUACGCUUUGUGGUUCAAAACAAUAUCGGGACUUGAAGAAAAAUGUCAUUUUUUCAAUUGUAGUUUUUACUGUUGACAUCUAAAUGCAGUAGUUUUUUUAUUUAUUUUUUCUAAAGAAUACAUUGUUUCUCCUUCCUGACCAUAAUAUGAGUACAAAUUAACAUGGGCGCACAUGAAAGAAGAGGCAUUAUACAUCUAGAUGCUUUAAAACCAUGUUUAUGGUUGGUUUGUGCACCAUCGAUUUCGCUAGAGAAACAUUCCAUGAUUCCCUCCUGGACAAAGCUGUACUGCUGUAGCUAUCAUGUGGAAACACAUCAGGUAUUGGAUCGGUUAAAGAAGAGAAGCAGACAUCAGUACCUAAUGACUCCCCCCCCCUCCUCUAGUGUGAAGGAUUGGAACUGUGAUGUACACUGGACCUUUCACAACAGUGUUACCACUGGGGAAACACGGAGGCCCCUUUUACAACAUAUAGCAAAAAGGGAAGACUUGCUUUAAGUUUUGUAUUCUUCUAAUGACUACUUAGCUGAUAAUGUGUUUCUCUCACUGAUUAUUUUGAAGUACAUUUCAUAUUGCUGAUUUAUCAUAUUUGUGUCACAACAAAACUUCCAUUAGGGUUUUACUAAAAAUGGUUUACAUUUUUACAAGGCAAAGUUUUUUUUUAUUCCUCUAGAUUAUUUCCCAAGCUAGAUAUUGACAGUGGUUAUUGGAAUCACAAAUAAGCAAUGCUGUUUUCAGUGGAAAAAAUGUAAUCUUAAAGCAAGUCUGGGUGUUGGGCCAGGAAUCAGAAAUCACGUGGAGUAACAUAAUACAUUAUUUUUGUGCUGCAUUUUUUUUAAAGUAGUUAAAAAGUGAACUGAAUUUGAAGCAGUCAUGCAACACUGUGUGGUAUAAUUGUACAUUCGUGUAAAUGUAUCUUUUCAAAUCAUUGUGAGCAGAGAAGUCCCCUACUGGUCAGUAAGCAAUCGACAGUUACAGUGGCUUGUGAAAGUAAUCACACCUCUUGGCAUUUUUCCUAUUUUGUUGCCUUACAACCUGGAAUUAAAAUAUAUUUUUUGGGGGGGGGUUUGUAUAAUUUGAUUUACACAACAUGCCUACCACUUUGAAGAUGCAAAAUAUUUUUUAUUGUGAAACAAACAAGAAGACAAAAAACUAAACUUGAGCGUUCAUAACUAUUAACCCCCCCAAAAGUCAAUACUUUGUAGUGCCACCUUUUGCAGCAAUUACAGCUGCAAGUAUUUUAGGGUAUGUCUCUAUAAGCUUGGCACAUCUAGCCAUGGGGAUUUUUGCCUAUUCUUCAAGGCAAAACUGCUCCACCUCCUUCAAGUUGGAUGGGUUCCGCUGGUGUACAGCAAUCUUUAAGUCAUACCACAUAUACUCAAUUGGAUUGAGGUCUGGGCUUUGACUAGGCCAUUCCAAGACAUUUAAAUGUUUCCCCUUAAACCACUCGAGUGUUGCUUUAGCAGUAUGCUUAGGGUCAUUGUCCUGCUGGAAGGUGAACCUCUGUCCCAGUCUCAAAUCUUUUGAAGACUGAAACAGGUUUCCCUCAAGAAUUUCCCUGUAUUUGGCACCCACCAUCAUUCCUUCAAUUCUGACCAGUUUCCCAGUCUCUGCCGAUGGUAAAACACAGCAUGAUCCCAUGCUUCACUGUGGGGAUGGUGUUCUCGGGGUGAUGAGAGGUGUUGGGUUUGUGCCAGACAUAGCGUUUUCCUUGAUGGGCAAAAAGCUCAAUUUUAGUCUCAUCUGACUAGAGUACCUUCUUCCAUAUGUUUGGGGAGUCUCGCACAUGCCUUUUGGCGAACACUUUUUUUUUUUUUUUUUUAAGCAAUGGCCACUCUUCUGUAAAGCCUAGCUCUGUGGAGUGUACGGCUUAAAGUGGGCCUAUGGACAGAUACUUCAAUCGCCGCUGUUGCAGCUCCUUCAGGGUUUUCUUUGGUCUCUUUGUUGCCUCUGAUUAAUGCCCUCCUUGCCUGGUCUGUGAGUUUUGGUGGGCGGCCCUCUCUUGGAAGGUUUGUUGUGGUGCCAUAUUCUUUCCAGUUUUUAAUAUUGGAUUUAAUGGUGCUCUGUGGGAUGUUCAAAGUUUGUGAUAUUUUUUUAUAACCCAACCCUGAUUUGUACUUCUCCACACCUUUGUCCCUGACCUGUUUGAAGAGCUCCUUGGUCUUCAUAGUGCCGCUUGCUUAGUGGUGUUGCAGACUCUUUGGCCUUUCAGAACAUGUGUAUAUAUACUGAGAUUGUGACAGAUCAUGUGACACUUAGAUUGCACACAGGUGGACUUUAUUUCACUAAUUCUGAAGGUAAUUAGUUGCACCAGAUCUUAUUUAUGGGCUUCAUAGCAAAGAGGGUGAAUGCAUAUGCAUGCACCACUUUUCUGUUUUUUUUUAUAUAUAUAUAUUUUUUCACUUCACCAAUUUGGACUAUUUGUGUAUGUCCAUUACAUGAAAUCCAAAUAAAUAUCUAUUUAAAUUACAGGUUGUAUUGCAACAAAUAAGAAAAAUGCCAAGGUGGAUGAAUACUUUUGCAAGGCACUCUUAAGUCAUUUUGGAUUGACCUUUUAACAAUUUCAUUUGAAGUGGGACAAAUCAGAAUAUUCACCAAUUUCUAGAUAUCCGGUUAAAUGUAGUGUUUUUAAAACAAAGCAAGCCAUUCUAAUUUUAACGAUUGCAGAGUGAGGUUUUUCUUUGAUGGAACUGUGAGGAUCCAGAAGCAACUGCGAUGGCCAGGAUUCCUUGUCCCCCUUGUUUAAGCCUUAUAUCUUAUCGGUUUAUUUUUUAAGGAUAUUGCUAGACAUAGGGCCGGAUGCAUGGGCCCAUAUGAAGCCUACUCCUGGUCUCAUAAAGCCUUUCAAUGGAAACAUUGAGGAUGUUUUAGUCUUCGAGUAGGUUUAAUCAGGGUCUGCAAUUGUCCCAUAAAUUAACAUUUUAUACAAAGUGUAGACCUUUUAAAUCUGUAUAAACCGUCUACUCUAAGUAGAUUGCACCAUCUGGACACUAUUUAUUAUACAGUCCAGGACAGUGGAAAGGUAUUUGAGGUUUUCUUUUAUGAUAAAUCUGCUGUCUUAGUGUCUGCUUUGCCCUUCAUUUUCACUACCUGAAUUCCAAUCAUAUUUUUAUGAUGUGUAUGUCCCCUGGACAUUUUGUACUCUUUUAAAACUUUUGUAAUUCAUAUUUCUUUGUAGCCUAAAGGAGUAAAAUGUAUGAUUAUUGGGGAUACUCAAGUACUGUGUGUUCCAGUUUAAUGAUUUUUUUGGUUCCACAUUGCAUCAUGAGUGCCCACACCCCACCCUUGGUUUCUCAAGUUAAGUUUUGUUUUUGCAGAUUCUCCCUGCAUUGCAUUGAUCUGUUGUAAUUUUAACCAGAUCUGAAAAAAGUCCAGAAUAAAAUAUAUUUUGAUAUUUA